AUGAACAGGCUAAAUCCGACCAAAUUGACUAAUGCUGGUGACUCAAUUUUAGCAACAAGGCAGCUUCUUGACACUACCAAUCACAAUGCUACUAACAUAUCUGAAACAUUAAAGGGCGUGCUUGAUGAUUGGGGUGUCACGAAUAAGGUUGUUUGUGUUGUGACUGAUAAUGAUGCAACGAUCCUUAAGGCAUGUGAGUUGCUUGAAUAUAAGCACUUGCCUUGCGUAGCGCACACAAUCAACCUUAUUGUGCAAGAUGUUCUAAAAUUGCCCGAUUUCGACGUAAUUCUCACAAAAUGUAAGUCGGUAGUUGGCUUUUUCAAGAGAAGCCAGAUCGCAUCAUCAAAAUUCAAGGAAGCACAGGGGGAAAAUCCGCAUUCUCUUCUGCAAGAAAUGCCCACACGAUGGAACAGCGCCUACGAAAUGAUGAAGCGCAUACUAAAAACCAAUGAAUUUAUAACUUUAGCUUUGGUAUCAUCUCGUGGCGCUCCAUCGCCGUUUUCAGCAGCAGAAGUGGAUAUUUUGAACGAUAUAUCCGAGAUGCUAUCCCCCUUCGAAGAGGCGACGCUUUCUGUGUCAACGAACACAAAAGUAUCAGCGUCUAUCAUAAUCCCAGUCAUAUGCGAACUGCAUCACAAAAUAAAUAAUCUUAUAGUCAGCACAGAACAAGGCAAAACCAUAUUGACGGCCAUCAAGGGUAGUCUUACCAAGAGGCUUUCAAGUUAUGAAACACGCUCAAUACCACGAAUUGCCACCAUACUAGAUCCCCGCUUUAAAAAGCAGGGAUUUUUGAUUCCCUUUAAUGCGGAGGAAGGGGCCAAAGCUGUGCAGCAUGAACUGUUCACAAAACUGCCUGCAAACCCACUACAUCCGCCAACACCACCAACACAGGAAACAAGCCGAUUCUCAUUUCUUCAAAUCAAAACCCAAAACAGGGUGCACUCUUCAUGGGCAGAUGCCAUUAUCCUGAUGAGACAGCAUUUUGAAAAGGAAAACCAGCCGGAAGAAUGUGACCCUCUUGCGUACUGGCAGGUAAGAAAUUAUGCAAUAACAUACUUUUUCCAAUUAAUUGUAUUAAUUAUAUUUUAGAUUACUACUGAUGGCGACGCGUUUAAAACGUUAGCAAAAAAAUACUUCUGCGUUCCCGCAUCUUCGUGCGAAUCGGAAAGAGUUUUUAGUAAAGCUGGGCAAGUUAUA